AUGCUACAGAAUGUUGGGUUUACAUAUAAAGUGAAUCUGCUGGCCUGUUGGGUACCGUCUUAACUAUUUACAAAGUGUGUCUGGUGAUAAUCACUGGUGGCAUGGCAUUGGGAUUUCCUAGAUGGAGAUCUCCAGUCAUGCACAACUGCAGCUGAUCAUGAUAUAUGAAACAUGAAUGAAUGCUGUACACACACACACAGCUCCUUUUGAUUGACUCCUUCGUGCACAGGGAAUAAAUUAAGAGAUUUCAGAAGUGUUUAUAUUUCUUAGUCAUUUCCUGCUGUUUUGUUCGCCCCUACAGAGACCAAUAACGCAGCUGCCAUUUCCAGUAAUGCUUGGAACAAGAUGGAGGAAAUCUGCCAGCCGGUCCAUGGCCCUGUAGAGGUGGCAUUAAAAUGUGAAGAGGGGGCCUCAGGGGAUAGAGGAAAUAAGGAGGUAGAGAAUUGCCUACCAGAUGGGGACCCACUUUUCUUGUGUUCUGUGGAAAAAAAGACUGUUUCAAUUAAGGAAGAGGAAUGUGAGUGGGAAUCUGUGCACCAUGAACAGGAUCAUCACUGCAUUAAGGAGGAGGAGGAUUGUGAAUGGAGAACAGUGGUCAUUAAAGAAGACUUUGAGCACAACCCUGACCUUCAGAAACAUGAAGUAGUAAACUGCAUCAAGGAGGAAACUCUUAAAUCAGAAUCUUUCUCAUGGUAUGUGUGUCCAGAUGGAGAAGUAACGGGAGCAGGCUCUGGUCAGAGUGGACUCCUGUCUGCACAGAGACAAUCUAUUCAUGUAAAGUCUGAACUUCUGGAGUGUGAUGCACCAGAGACUGAGAAAGCAUCUUCUCAAAGUCAGUGUGAAGGAGAUUUCCAAGGGGACAGAAGCUGUUCUGUGUUCUUAAUUAAUCAGGUCUCACUUCAGGGUAACUCUGAGCAUAAUCAACUAGGUGAAGCCGAGAGACUUCAAACUGGAACAAAGUCUCAUUGUUGCACCGUAUGUGGCAAGCAAUUCCCACACAAGAAUCGCCUUCAGGUACAUGUAAGAAUCCACACUGGAGAAAAGCCAUAUUCCUGCACAGAAUGUGGCAAGAGGUUUAUACAAAAAAGUGGCCUUGAAGCUCAUAAGAGAGUUCACACUGGAGAGAAGCCGUAUUGCUGUAUGGAAUGUGGCAAGCGAUUUCCACGCAAAUACUCUUUUCUGGAGCACAAGAAAGUUCACACGGGAGAGAAGCCAUAUUGCUGCCUGGAAUGUGGCAAGCUUUUCUCAUGCACAGGGUCGCUUGAGAAACACAAAAGAAUUCAUACUGGAGAGAAGCCAUACAACUGCUCAGAAUGUGGCAAACAAUUCAGACACUCAAGUGCACUUCAAAAACACAAGAGAAUUCACACUGGAGAGAAACCGUAUUCUUGUACAGAGUGUGGAAAACGAUUUAGAGAAGCAAGUACUCUGCAGCAACAUAAGAGAAUUCACACUGGAGAGAAACCAUAUAGCUGUGUAGAUUGUGGCAGACAAUUCAGACACUCAAGUGGUCUUCAGUUACACCGGAGAAUUCACACAGGAGAGAAGCCAUAUUGCUGUACUCACUGUGGCAAACAGUUUAUACAAUCGGGUGCUCUUCAACGGCAUGAGAGAACUCAUGCUACAGAAUUUAACUUAAAUAAUGAAUAGCCUUGUUUGAGGAGGUACUGGUGAGUACAGACAAUAUAAAAGAUGCUUCAGCAGUCUGCUCAAGCAAAAAGUAAGGGGCUUAGAUGCAAGUCUCUGUCUCUCAAGGUAUUAAAAGCAACUGAUGCAGGCAAACCUGGAGUAAAAUAGUAUAAUGACUGCAGAGUCAAAGGAGAAGAAAGGUAGAGAAGGCAGGGAGGACUAACACCUGCGUGGAGUUGUACUGGAAAGGACUUACCAAAGAUAUUUAGUUGUAUGACUAAAACCGAAGGUUUCCAAAUGCCUUUCACAUUUUGAAUUUUAAUAACGUCCAACAAUACAGCCUAAUUGCACUUCAGCAUUCUCAUGUGUGUAUUUGACAAGGCACCUUCAAUUUGGUUGUUUUGACUGAGAAAUUCAAAAAGGAUAUUUGCAACAGGAUCAAAAACCAGGAAGGAUGGUUUGUGACAUUACUGUUCAGCAGGGCAUUAAAUCUGCAAGCUUGCUUCUCUGCACCUUUAUUUACAAAUCCAUCUCUUGGAAACCAAGUACACUUGUAAAUAAUUGCUUUGUAAAUUACCUAAACAUGUAGAUUUCCAAAAUAUGCAGUUGGUAGAAAGAAACCCGUUUCAGUUGCAUACAUUUGAUACCUGGAUUUUACAGAUGUUCCAAAACAGCAAAACUUUCAGCAAUGAAAGCUCAUCAAGUAUCGAACACUGAUUCUUGAUGGAGGAUACCUAGUCAGGCAAGUGGGCCAAGAAGGCACAUGUAAAUACCACAGGAUAAAUGUAAGUGUGGUAAGCAUUAAAGUACUUAAGUAAAAUAAGUGAUUAAUCUGGAAGGACAAAAUUCAAGCUAUUGAACAGCGGACAUUCCUCAGUAUGUAAUACAACCUUGUACUAAAUGCUGGCCUUUUUUUUUUUUUUUUAUACAAAUAUUUUAAUUACUUAUUAUUUACCAAUUACUCACCAGCUUAUCGUGAAAUCUACUUCAGCUGCUGGCAUGAAUCUGUCCAAAUGAAUCAGGCCAUGUACAGAACUAUCAUACAGAAAUUAGACUGGCCUGUGGCACGGACUUCUGAAUUAACACAGAAACAAAAACAUUCAUUAAGAAAAUUGACUAAUAAAAAUAGCAGGCAAGUAUAAAUAAGGCUUUAUGGAUAUUACUCAAUUGGGGACCAACACCUAACACAAGCUUGGCCUGAAACAGGUAAACUGAGAGCAGGAGAUGUGUCUGAAUGAGUGCAGAUGGUAGCUCAUGGCCUCCUUUAAAAUAAGCACUGUCCAAAUAAGUAAAUACAGAUUGUGGCAAAGGGCUAGAAUUGAAGUUGUGCUGUACCUGUAGAUGUUAGUAUGCAAAUAACUUUACUACUCUGAAUGUCUUUGGUGACUGGCCAUGAACUCAAGUAGAAGUUAAGCUGUUGUUGGAACAUUUGAGGAAUACCUUUUUCUUUUCAGUGCAUAGUCAUUCAUUUUGACUUGUUGAUAAUGAGCUUGUGAUUGGAAUACAGAUCGUAUGUAAUGUCAGAUUUUAAAGUUUACAUUUAAUUUGUGAAAACUAAAUCUGCAGUAGAGUUAACCAUGACAGAAUCAGAUGAUCAUUUGUCCUUAUCAGUCAUAACAGACAAAGGCAAGUAGGGGAAGAAAGAAAUUAGUGGUUUUUAAUGUGAUGCUCAAUGUUCCACUUUGUAAUGAAUUCAUGUCAAUAUGUAAUAUGGCAAGCAAAGGCCGUAGCAAAAUGAUCUGUGUUCUUAUCAACUCUUUAGACAUCUGGAAUCUACCAGAGGAAAUGUGUGAAUGUUUAUUUGGGCCCUUACUGUUUGACGAUUGAGGAUAAAUAAUCUGGGAGUCUCAACUCAACAGGAUUCUGUUAGUCAGCAUGGGGGUAAUUAAUGAAUAGAGAUCACACCAUCUUGUCAAAUCAAAAUGUGCAUACUUAAGGAACAGAGAUCCCGGGGAAUAAAGAGAUGUGUUUUAUGUAAUCCUUGUGUUGCUACUGGCCACAGGUAGAAAAUUGCUGAAGCUGAUGUUAAUUUACAAGACUUCUACUUGUUGGCUGUGUCAGACUUGCUAACUCCAUUGCUGAUUUCUUCAAUAUACCACAUCAGUUUACACAACUGAAAAUCACUGGACAUGUAACAUUUAGCAACUGCAUGCCGACCUCCCAACACAGUUCUCACCCAUUUUUCUGACUGCCCAAUAAUGUGCUGCCUGCCACAGCUACUGCCAUAUGAAGGGUUAACGGGUACGCAGGGUCCAGCCACAAUUUUGUCUCUUUGCCACCAGUAUGUUGUAGUACAUACACGUCAAGAGAGCAGACAGCUGAUCCUCUUUUAUUUGUGAGGCAUAAACCACCAGCAUUCCUUACUCAUUAAAUGCAUUCUACAGCCAAAUGAGCAUUCAUUGGUUGUCAGCUCUUCUGCAGACACAGCUCACCCCUAAAAGUAAAGUCAAACCUGUUUCAAAGUUGUGGACUAGUUUGAGCUAGUUCCUGGGUGCAUCCCAUUGCACAACUAGCUCACACAAGCUCACCGCUGUCUCUGACUUGCUAAGAUUAUAUACAUUAUAAUUAUAUACUACUGAAAAUCGCUGAUAAAUGCAUGUGACAUGGUCAAAAGUUGAAUGUUACUAUUUUCUUCCUGUGGCAUGUAUAUAAGAGAGUGUUCUUGGUCCUUUCCAAGGUAUUUGUUUGGCAAGGGGAAUAUACUCCGUGCCUAGCUGUCACUGGCUGUUUCACAUCCUUGCACAGAAAGGCUGGCUGUGGACCCUGGGCCUUGGAGUCUGAAUCUAACACUUGAGCAACAGGAAAGCUUCCCAGCCCCCAACUGAAGAAGGCAGCUUGUUACGUCCAAAGUACAGGUGGGUGGGGCUCGCAUUAUACUAAACAGCAACAGACAUACACACCCUCAUCUGUUAUUACAAUAGCCAAAGAGCUUAAAGUCUCUUUCCCCAGUGCUUCCCAGAUGAAGCCAGAUAUCGAUUCAUCAUCCAACUGAAGAGGACUUUGUUUAAAGUGUAUUUGACAUAAACAGUAACCCCAGCUCCUUUUAUGUUCCAUCUUAUCCUUCCUAAAAAAUGUGCAUCGCUCCAGCUUUGUAAUUUAGCCAGGUUUGUUACCACUGUAUCGUUAUAAUUCUGCUCCACUGCAUACAACUUCAACUCACUUGUUUUAUUUUUGAUACUUUAAGCAAUAAGACAUGAUAUUUUUAAUGUGUUGCUAAUUUCACAGUGACACCUUAGGUCCACCAUUGGUCUGCAUAAGAAGCUAGUCACUCUUUCAGAGAGAUCUUCUACCUGCACACCUGGAAGACACCACACUGUAUUGAGAAUCUGGCUCUGGAGCAAACUUUCACUUCAAUCCCCUAACGAUGAUCACACUUUUUCUCUGUGGGGAUUGAAGUUGAGGUGGCCUAGGCUUCAGAGACACCAUCCAGCUCUGCAAAGACCAGAAAAUGGUUUGAUGCCCUCUGGACAAUGUGCACCUUUUGAGCAUGUCACCUACAUCUACCUGGCUGAUCUGGAGCCCCCUCCCGCACCACCUUAAGGAUGCACACUAAUCCUUAAAUCAGGAGUUCUCAAACUGGUCCGUUGGACCCACUGUGGCUGCAGGCUUCUGUGUUUAAUUGAAGUCCUCAGCUAAUUAAGUGAGCUGUUACUUCUCAGAUUGCGUUUUAGUAACAAUUUACUAAUUAUGUACGAAUUAGCAUUUCUGCCACUAAAGUAGUUGCAGCUUUUCAUGAUUCAGUGUUUGGGUGUCUGCUCUGCUAACUUUUAAUCAUCAUUAUUAAAAUACAAUGAAGGGAGCCAACUGCACAGAGAGGGGGAAAAUAUAAUGAAAUCAACAAGAGUUAA